GGAAAGCGCUCAUGACAAAUUACUAACGUUUAGCACAUGUUCGCUUUCAGGAAAAUUCCGCGUAGGAAAUCGCAAAAACUUUACGAUAACACCGAUGAUACUAGUGAUCAGAAUGGCGCAAAAUUUUUCGUCUCUAUGUUUGAAUCCAAGAAGGCUCAGGCAACUGUUUACUUGUCAAGUAGACGUAGAUAUUCCUGUUUCAUUUUACUUGGUCGGGCAACACACCUCGCAGUUUUUGGCAAAGCGAGACUUACUCACUUAUGUGGACCAAUGAUUACUAUAUUGGGAGGAAAUAUUGGAUCAAAUCCAUCCACUUCAUUUGAUAUCUAUUCAUCUACGUCACACACUCCAAUAUCUAUUACUCAGAACUUGCAAGAACAUUCAGAAUAUGUACCUCAUGAAAAUGUUACUCAGGAACUUCAGUCUCCUGAAAUCAAAGUUACCUUAGAAAGUUUGUGUGAUGCAAAUGAUAUUCAGAUUGUGACAGAACAUCUUGUAAGGGAAAUGAGUAGUUUCCAGGACCAUGUAACCGUCUUACAUUUUUGCCCACAUCAGAAUCGGAUUCUGGACUCACUUUCUGAAAUUAGGCGGUUCCGUUUUCUCUUUCAUUGGCCGUCGGAAGGCGUCAUACCAAAUACCUCCUUAGCCAAGUCUCUUGGAUUUACCUUCCUCGAACAUGAUGGUAGCCUUGGGUAUCAGGUCGCACCAGAAGUUUUGUGUAUUCAACCGAGACUCAGCGCUGCCUCCAAAGUCACUCAUCAUCGUAACUGGGUGGGGAAAUUAUUAAUUUGUGGCCCGAAGGGUUCCGGAAAAUCAUCAUUACUACGGUUUUUAACAAACAAAAUCCUUACAGAUGUAGAAUAUCCUUCGGCAGAAAAGUGCGUUGCAGUUCUUGAUUGUGAUAUUGGACAACCUGAAUUCACUCCGAAUGGAAUGAUUAGUUUGUGUUUAGUUAAGCUGCCAUUGUUUGGUCCUCCAUUCACUCAUAUACUCUCCACUAAUGUAAAUAUCAUUCGUCAGUGCUUUGUUGGUUGCAUUACACCCUCUGAUGAUCCCAGUUUCUACUUGAAAUGCCUCAACUUUGUAUAUGAUGCUUAUAAUGAUUUACCUGAACCGAAACCCCGUUUACUAGUCAAUACAAUGGGCUGGAUGCAAGGCCUUGGGUUAACGUUACUGUUGGAGCAAAUACUGCUAGUUAAACCGGAUCUAAUCAUUCAGCUUCGUCUCAGUGGUUCUUCAAAUAAUCGCACAAACCCUCCAGAUCUAAGUAGUGAUUCAUUAAAAUCUAUGGACACUUGGAAUUCACGGGACAUUUCCAACGAAAUAUUUCAUCAUGAUGUAAUUCUUAUAGAAUCUAACAUCAAAUCGUACAUCGAUAAUACAAUAAAUGACCCACGUUAUAGUCUUGGUCCUCCUGAUCAUCGUGAUCUAAUGAUGCUGACUUAUUUUAUAUCCACUUUGGCUUGUGCAUACACUAGCUUACCUUCUAGACUCAAUGAUGAACCUCUUGGACAUCCAGUAGCACAUUUGCUUGAUUGCAUCCCUUAUCAAGUUCCAGUUACUGUUCAAUCUGAACAAGAUAUAUGUGAAAACAUAAUAAAUGAACAAAAAAAAGUCAGUAGCUCUGUUUCUAUGUCUGAUGUUCAUCAUGAUACACCAAAAACUAAUCCUUCAAGUACUAAUAAGAAAAAUGAUUCUGUUAAGUUGGCCUUUCGGGUUAUGAGACCGAAUUCUAGUCUAUUCGCUGAAGAUUCUGCUUUUCCGUCGAGUGUCGAUAACUUAUUAUCCUGUUUAAAUGCUACUUUAGUUGCCCUUUGUGUUGUACCACAAGAAAAUAUAAAGGAACCAGAUUCUUCUUGUAUGUAUCGUUGGAUAUCAUCGAAUCCUGUUUGUCAGUGUGUAGGUUUAGCAAUUUGUCGCGCUGUUGAUCCUGCCGCAGGUGUGAUUUAUUUAACGACUGGUGUUCCAGAAGAUGAUUUGUUAAAGGUGACAGGAAUUCUUCGUGGUAAUGUCAACUUACCCAACUGUUUUUUCCUAGACCAGCCUUUCUUUCGGACCAAUAAAGAAACUCCCUCCUUCCUUCCCUAUAUGGGUCCAGUCAGUACACAGGGCAAAGGGCGUGCAGGUUUGCCAUCCAGGCGUUCUUACCCGAAAACUAUGCAUCACACCACUCAUCGCAUGGGCACUUCAGAUAUCAUGGACUAAACUUUCAUCUAUACACUUGAAUCAAUGCUUAGAUCCUUCUUUAUACAACGAUUUGACGCGGGCCCUUUCACCCAAAUGGCUUAUGUCUUUUGUUUCUUUCGAUUUGACUAUUUUUUUAAGACCGAAUACAAUUCCACUUAUACUUAUGUAUCGCUUCACUUGUAAA